AAAUAACGCACCGCUUAAAAAUUGAAAAUGGCCGAAACAGAAAGUAAACAAGACAAUGACAUGAAUACCAGUUUGUUUGUUAAAGUGCUACCAAAACAAUGGCCAAUUGUUUAUUGUCCAGAAUAUAACAUUGGCUUUCUAGGGCUGGAAAGACUUCAUCCUUUUGAUGCCGGAAAGUGGGGAAAGGUGUAUGGAUUCCUAAAAGCCGAUGGCAUGGUCAGGGAUGAUACUAUUGUAAGACCAGAGGAAGCCACGGAAAAUGAUCUCCGCAAAGUUCACACAGAAGCCUAUAUCAAGAGUUUAAAGCUUUCAAGUAUAGUGGAGGGGACAGUUUUAAAGGAGUUUUACUCAAAAUAUCAUUAUAUUGACCUGAUUCCUUUACAGGCUGCCAGACUAGCCAUGGAGCGUGGUUGGGGUAUAAAUAUUGGUGGAGGUUUUCACCACUGCUCUUCAGAAAAGGGAGGAGGAUUUUGUGCAUAUGCAGAUAUAACGCUGGCAGUCAAAUUCCUUUUUGCAAAUAAUAAAGAAAAAAUAAUGAAGGCCAUGAUUGUUGACUUGGAUGCACACCAGGGCAAUGGUCAUGAGAGAGAUUUUAUGAAUGAUGACAGUGUAUAUAUAAUGGAUGUAUAUAACAGAGGAAUUUAUCCGCAUGACGGAUAUGCCAAACGUGCCAUAAAGAAGAAAGUUGAGUUAACUCAUGGUACAGCUGAUAAGGAAUAUCUGGAAAAAGUAGAAAAAAAUUUAGAUUCAGCAUUAGAUGAUUUUAAACCAGAUGUAAUAGUAUAUAAUGCAGGAACAGACAUACUGGAUGGAGAUCCUCUUGGAAAUCUGUCAAUAUCACCACAGGGGAUCAUUGACAGAGAUGAAAUUGUUUUUCGGAAAGCAAAUGAAAAAGGAAUUCCUAUAGUCAUGGUAACCAGUGGAGGAUACCAGCGAAGUACAGCUCAAAUAAUAGCGAAUUCGAUCCUCAAUCUUCGCGCUAAAGGCCUUAUCAAGUGUGCGGCAGCUGAAAAAAGUCCGGAACCGGUGACAGGUUGUUCGUACAUAAAAAGAAGCUCAAAAUGUCAGAGAAGUCAGAGUGAUUUUGGAUUAUUUGCUAAACUAAAGAGUGUGUGUCUAUCCAGCUCGGGCUCCAGUAGAUCUGAGGUUCAAGCUGUACCAGGCGCUGGCGCCGGUCCAACAUUGUCUCUGUCCAGUACUGAUCUUUCGAAAGAAGAAAAACUGGAUGAAUUUUUUAGUAGCGAUGUACCAGCUUCAAAAUCCUGCUCAGACCUUUCAUAUUCAUUCAAAGAUGAGUCAGACAUUGAUAUAGCUAGCUUACUUGAUAUGAAGUUUGGAAAAAUAGGUGAAGCUGGGAAAGGAAAGAAGGAACAAAGUUGAAUAAAUAUUUGAGAAAGAAAAUGAGCAAAUGAUCCAAUUUAUAGGGGUUUUCUUUGGUGUUAUUUUUUUUUAUUUUUUUUUUUGGGCGGGGGGGGGGGGUGGGAAGAGGGUUGUUAAAAUAUUUUAAGAGUUUAAAGAAAUAGAGCCUCUAUUAUGUUAUAUUUGGACAUUAACAUUCCUAUUGAUAGCAUUCAUUUAACCUUGAGCAUGCAGUGUUUUGGUUUAAAAUUAUAUUUAGUGGUUGUUUUUUCAUUGUGUUGAAUUGUUAUCAUUUUUGAAAUACAGGAUGGUUUAAGGUGAAGUUUAAUUUUACCGUAAGACAGAGUAGAUUGUCUAUUAUCAAUAGUAAUAACCUGUCUAGUAUUAAAAGUAUUAACCUUUCAGAAAUUUGCAUUUCUACUUCUUUUGCUUCUAUAGUGAGUGGGAAAAAUUGUAUAAGUUUAUGUCAUGAAUGAAUGAAAUAAUCUUUACAACAGUUUGUGAUUGGAUUUUUCUUUCCAAAAUAGCUGUUAUUUGUCUGCUCAUUUCCUUUUAAUCUUGAAAAUAUUAAUACAACAUUUCAUGAAAAAGUUUACAGACAUAUAGUUAUACUGAUUUACUAACAUUUUACUGUAGAAACAGUGGAUUAACCUUUAGUAAAAUGUGUCCAUGUUAACACCAAAGGCACCCUGUAUGACAGCCAGUGUGAUGGACAUGCAGAAAGACAUCUUAUCUUAGCUGUUAAAAUUUGCUAUUUCUUUUGCUGAGCAACCUCAGACCAACAUGGCCAUUUUACUAAAAAUGAUCUAUUUCUAAUCUAAUAAUUUAUGUAAUAUAGUCACAUUUUAACUAUAAUAAGCCAACGUCUGCAUAUUUCCCUGCAUAAUCUUACUUCUAUGUACAUUGAUUAAAUACAAGUUAUAUUGAUUGUAUACAUAAUUUAUUUUUGUUUGAUUUUGUUGAAAGCUAUUAGCUUAUAGACACACCUGAAUCCAUUUCUGGAACCAGCCAGUAAUAAUAAUUAUUGUAAAUUUUGUUGUUAAGAAAACAACUGCUUGCCCUGAUGGGUUUUGUAUCUGUGCGGCUAGGGAUUGUUAGAUUAGUCUAAUAGUAGUGGCAAGGUGGUUAAGGUGUCUGCCUCUGAACACAGGAAUUGUGCUCAAGCUUUACUUGGGUCAUGACUGUGUUACUUCUUAUGACACCAUUACUGCUUUGUUCCAGGAAGCUGACUAGAGAGUUAUUAUUAUAAAUUGCAAAAACUUGUUUCGCAAUCAAGCUUUAAUAAAUAUGAUUUAACUAAUCAAACUUUUGCCACUUUUGAUUGUUUUGAGAUACGCAACUUCAUUCUUUUUACAAUUAAAUGAAACUUGCCAUACUUAAUUAGAUUAUAGUCAACAAAUUUUAUUUUUUAAGUUUUCUAAAUGAUUGAUGGUAUGUCUGAUGAACCUUGUAUAAAUAUACAUAGUAUACAUGUAGUAUAUAAUUAACAUGUGUAUUCAAAGUAUUGUUGAUAGUGUGAUUGUACCUAGUUAAAUUUGAGUUUGUCAUAAUGUUUCUCAUCAGGUUUCCAUAUAAAGGUGGGCCUUUUCACAAUCUCUGAAGUUGUUCAUUUAAUCAGAGUUAUUAUUUUAGGUCAAAGACAAAGCCCUGUAACUCUAGCAAAGAUUACCAUUGAAUUAUUCCCCUUUAUAAACUUGGAAAAUAGUCUUGGUAAAAGUGAUGUGUGAGAAUUAUAUCUCUUGAACCACUUCAGGUUAUCACUUGAAACUGAAAUAUGGUUAAUAUUGUACAUCACUGAAGAAGACCCAUAACUAAAGUAUGAAUUUACUCAUCAAAAACAGUAGAGCAUGCUGUCUUGGGAUAGACUAUUUUUACAUUAGGCAAUUGAAAUGUAAUGGAAAAGACAAACUCUAAUUUACUGAUAAUUUUGUUUGUGUUUUAGUGCAAUAUUAACAUUUUUUGUAUUGUUUUGAAAUAAAGUAGUAGUUUUGCUU